AUGGCUCUGUCAACCAAUUCCAAUAUCACUCAUUCUUCUGGAAUGGUUAUAAUUGCUAUUAAAGCUACCCAAUUUCCUCUCAAACCUACAUCUCAAAGUUAUCCUACUUGGCAUGCUCAGGUUUCUCCACUACUUCGUGGGCACAAUCUUCUUAGUUAUGUAGAUGGGACGAAUAAACCCGCUGCUACCAUAAUUACUAAAGAUGGCCAGGAAUUAAGCAAUCCUAAUUUUGAAUUUCGGUAUUGUCAAGAUCAGUUGAUUUUGGAAAAACUUCAGGUUUCAUUUGCUAAUAAAUCGACUACAAGGGUUCUUUCUCUUGGAGAAAAACUCUCCAAUACAAAAAGGGACACCAAAUCAGUAACUGAGUAUUUGCAUUCUCUCAAGAAUGUGGCUAAUGAACUUGCUCUUUGUGGCAACCCUGUUUCUGAUGUUGAAUUGGUGGUCUAUGUGUUGAAUGGCAUUAGUACUAAGUUCCGUGAUAUAGCUGCGGCUGUACAUUCAAGGGAUACUGUUAUCACAUUUGAAGAGCUUCAAAGUUUCUCACCAAAACAAAAUUAUCAUCAAGAUAAUUUUGGUUUUUCAUCUUCUAAUAUUGUUGCUGCUGAUGUUUCACAUUCACAAGGUCCUCACAAUCCUGGGUAUGCUACUGGUAACAGUGCCAAUUCUCACUUUAGGUGUGGCAAUAAUAAUUCAAAAAGUACAAUGUCAAAUUUGUGA